GUGUCUCUUUCGGGAUAUAUUCAAAGAAGUUCAAGCAAGUACUCGAUCAGCGACCAGCACGAGCACCCAACAUGGCGUCCGCAGCGACAGAGAGAGAGCUUGGGACGCUCAUUGUUGUUGUGCUCAAAGCGAGAAACCUGCCCAACAAAAGGCAUAUCGGCAAGCAAGAUCCAUACUGUACUGUGACUAUGAAUGGAACCAUCAAGCGUACCAAAGCUGUCAAGCGAGGAGGGCAGCACCCAGAGUGGGAUGAGGAGCUCCGCUUUCCGGUAUUGGAAGACGUCGAUGACCUGCUUGCUAAGAGCAAAUCGAAGGAGGACGAGGAUGCGCCUGCCCCUCCGCCAAAAGAUGCUACGCCGAAGAAAGGAAAGGAAAAGGAGGAAGAAAAAGACAAAGUGCCUAAGAUUAAAGGUGGCAAGUCACUCCGCAUUCAGAUAUACGCGGACGAUCCACGAGAGCCGGAAUUCAUCGGAGAAGGGACGGUGGAAUUGGAGGGCGUACUGUCCCAAGGAGAGUCAGAUGAAUGGUACACCAUCUACAGCAAAGAUCGGUAUCAAGGGGAGGUCUAUCUGGAGAUGACCUAUUGGCUGAACGAGAAACCCCAACCGAAGAAGAAGAAAGCUGCGGAACCGGUUCUUGAGGCCGUUAGCACGGCGAACGUGAAUCCUGCCGACGUACCUACCUCGUUGCGAGCUGGAGGUCGAGCGUCUAUUUCUGCAGGAACGGGUACCGACCUGUCUGGACGACAGAGAAUUGCAUCGGAUGCUCUGAGCAUACGGAACCUGCGCCAAUCUGGUUCCUUAGCCUCGAUUGAGCUCUACAAAGCACCGUAUGAGCAAAUGGGACAAUCAGACGGUGGCCUGCCACUGCCUGGAUCCAGCCGCAACCCCGCAUUGGAAGAGUACGACGAGUUCGGUGGUUCUAUGCUCGAUCAGCGACGACCGGAUACCAUGCCUAUUAGGGGACAGCGGCCCAUGUCGAUGUUUGACAUUUCUGGCUCCCAGAGUCUCUCCUCUCAUCACCUCCAACGGACCUCCAUGGCAUCUUUAUCAAGCUACGACUCGACCAAUAGUCUGACAGACUCUCUAUCGAGCCUCUCACUGGCGACAUCCGUACCGAGUGGUAGCAACUUGCGACGGAGCCCUCUCCCUCGCCCACAUAGCCAGUCGUUUAGCAUGGGGGCUGCUCCUCCUGUACAGCAGACCGGCCUUUUUGCCCCUGAUCUCUGGAAUAUUCCUCAGCCUACCGGUGGUCUUCAACUACCUCAGGCAUCUUACCCACCUGGCCAGACGAUCUCGCGGGGUUCAACUCCAACAUCCUCAAUAUCGCCAGCCAGUAUUGGUGAAGCAAGUUCGUUGCAGUUUCCAGCUGCUACAGGGAUCCCCUUCCCGACCCCUGGUGCCCCGCCACCGAGGCCGAACCCGUCUCCUCAGCCAUAUGCAUACCAGCAGCUGCCUCCGUCCGCUCAGCAUACACCUCCUGCGCAGCCGCUGCCUAUGUCUCUUCCUCCACCCCAGAAUAGUGGUCUUCGACCGCCUCUACCUACUCCUCUUCCCCAGGCUAGUCAAUCGCAGCAGGGAACGUUUAGACACUCCCCGCCUCAUUUGCCACAACCUGUCCCUUCACCUCCCCGUGCCACUUCUGCCAGGCCGCUUCCGUUGAAUCCCCAGCAGUUGCAGAACUCGCAGAACGGUUAUCCCCAGCCCCCCCAGGGCCCUCAAAUCUCGCCUCACUUUCCUCCAAGUCUGUCCGCACCUUUGUCCGCACCUUUGCCGACAUCUCCAAACACCGCGUAUUCAGGCCAUGUCAGACCGACAGAGCCGGACGUUGGUUCCCAAGCUCAUUUGACGUCGCCGGUAACGCCAAAGCCUUCGCCUCAUCGCGCGAGUUCGCUCCCGCCCCCGCCAGCGGCCGCACCCAUGAGUGUGCAGUAUCAUCCCCAGCAAAGGCCGCCGAUGCCAACGCACAACAACAGUACGCCUUCUGUUCCCUCUGCUGGUAUGACCCCACAAAUGCCGCCUGCUCCGGCCCCAGUGCCUCAAUAUGGGCCCCCGCAACAGGCACAACAGUAUGUUACUCCACCACAGGCACAGGCACCACCACCCAUGCAGCAACAGUUCGCACCUCCACCGCCGAUGCAGCAUUCUCCACCCACACAACCCCAGCAGCAGCAGUAUCCGUUACAGGCUCCGCCAGUUUCCUACCCACCCGGGCCCCCACAUUCUCUGCCUCCAGGACCUGCCUACCAGCAGCCUCCUGCGCCAUCUGUACCGUUCCCUUCACCGCCUCUGGCGUCUCCGAACCAAGCGCAUCCGCCGUGGCAGCCCCUUGUUCCACCAAAUCAAGGACCAAGCCGACCGAUGACCGGGGUGCCAAACUAUCCUCCCUAUCCGCCUCCCCAACAUGGUCCCCCACCUCAACAAGGGUUCCCAGCCAACUCACAUCCUCAACCAAACUAUCCGCCUUCCAUCCCACCCCCUCAGCAUAGUUUCCCAUCUGGCCCUCCUCCCCCGCUGACUUUCCCACCUGGGCCCCCACCCAACCACAGUUUUCCACCGCAUAAUCCGCCCCCACAGAUGCCUUUCACUCCACAACCACCCGCCCCUCCACCGAGCUUCCCUACCCCGCCCAGGCCGUUGUAUGGAGCACCUCCUGCGAGCACAGCACCACCUAUCCAGACGCAUCAAGGUUACGUGAAUGGCACACCUCCGCAUGGGCCCCCUUACGGCACGCCGCCUCACGGACCAUCGCCUGGGUCUAACUAUGCUACGCCGCCUAUGGGACCGCCUCCUACUCGGCCACCCUUACCUCCUCCUCCUCCCCCUGGCAGUCAUCCAACACCACCUGGAGCUCCUCCCGGCCCGCCACCUCAGCCCGCGUAUCAACCACCCUCUCCUAACCACACCCAACUGCCACCGUCAAUGAGUUAUCGCCGUGGUCACCCGCUGGGUCCUCCGCCACCUGCUCCGGGAUAUAGUCACCCUCCUGCUCAAGGAGGCCCCUUCCCUGUCAGUUCGCCACCACAGGCGUCACCCCCUCAGUUCGUGCCUCACCCAGGUGCCCCGCAGUCAUAUUUUCCCGGUCCUCCUCCGCAACCUCCUAGUCUGCCGUCUCAACCACCUCAGCAGUGGCCACAAACAUACCCGCAACCUGGCGGUCGACCUCUCCCUGCCGUCACCCCGGCGAACAGUUAUCGUUAG